AUUUGUACGAAGUUUAACAACAGAAAAUGCCUGUUUCUGGCUCAUAGGAAUAAUCAUAAGAAAUGAAUUUUAAUGUCUGGAAUAUCAAAGAUAUGCUCAGCAUUCCCUCAGCCUCUGGGACCACUAAGUCAUCUAGCUGGGCUAAUAAUCAGAGUGAUUAUUCCAGUCUCAGUGACUCUCAGUUCCUCUUUGGAUCCCAGUUCUGUCCAGAAAGUUCAGAGACCCUGUCAGCACCUUUGGACGUUGGUGUCCAUUUGAGAGACCCAAAACCGUUACAAAAGGGUUCUCUGGAUAAUGAACCUAGUAUUUUCACAAAGUACCAGACAAAACCCCAGCUGUUUGAAGAAGAUAUAAAUGAUGGAGGCUUAUUUCCUCUUCCUUUGCCAGUUGGAAAAUCAAAAGGCCUUUUGGAACAGUUUGAGGAGAAAAAGAAAAUAGCAAAAGAUAAAUGUGACAGGGAGGCUCUGCACAGCUUCAUUUCCCAUGUCCGAGAAAGCAUCCACAAGUUGCAGACAUCCGUGGAAAAGUCUGAGGAACAUCUCAGUUCAAGAAGCCAAUCUAUUUUGGAUUCUUUGGAGACUGUGGCCAAGACCUUGCAAGAAACGGCGCGGGCCCAGCGGGAUGUGCUGGAAGCAGUGCAGGACAGAGGCAGCCUGGAGCAGGCCGUCCUGGAGAUGCAGCAGAAGUCUGAGGCUCGACAGGCGGAGAUCAGAGAAGUGAAGUCCGGCCUGAAGCUCCUGGAAGCUGCAGCUGCCCAGCAGAGCAAGGACCUGCAGCAGCUGUGCGAGCAGCUGGCCCAGCUCAACGUGCCCGGCGCCCUCGCAGAGCUGAAGAGCUUCAUCUCCGGGCCUCGGGGCCCCGCGCACGUGACAGACAGCACUUCCCAGACCUCACCCCCGCGGGCCCAGGCCCAGCGGGCCUCUGGGGAGCCAGCGGCGGGGCAGGCCCAGGCCCUCCCUGCGACGCGGGAUCUGAGGAUGGGCGCCCGGCGGCCCGGGGAGUUGGAUGUCUGGGGUGAGGGAGCAAAGAGGGCAGCUCUCCCAGAAGAGGCAGCUGGAGCAGGAAAGAGAAGCAGGGGAGCCCGGGACAAGGCCGUACAGACUAACCUCAAGAGUCAGCUUAUUCCCAAGACCAGCUCGGAGAACUAUGGCGCCAGCACCCCGGGCCACCGGGCCUCUGGCGUCAGGACCCUGGUUGCCCACGGAGCCUUGCGGCUUAUGUCCCCGGAUGUAAACAACUUUGUAACCAGCCCAAAACGUCCAACCAAAGACGUGUGUUCAGGUGGCCCUGGUGAGCAGGGGCAGGCGCCGGGAGAACACAGGGGGAAAGGCCAGCCGCCGCCCCGGAGCACCCGCAGAGGCAGGCCCCCCGGCAGGAGGCAGGAGCAACCCCAAAGCAAAGCCUGUGCCUUCCGCCCUCAGCGCCCCCAGCCUCCCGGCCCCGGCUCACAGAGGGCCCUCCCGGAGCAGCAGGAACCCCGUGCUCAGCCCCUGCGUCGGGGGUUCCUGGGGCGGAACCCCACGCAUCCUGCCCCGGGAGGAGCACUCAGACCCAGGACAGCGCAGGCAGCACGCGGGGCCCUCCCGCAGCUCAGCGGGCCCUCCUCCCAGGACAGCAGCCAGCGCUCUGACAGCUCCCAGGGGGACCCCCGAAUGCGCUGGUUCAGCGACCUCAACCCUGAAAGCUCCCAGUCCCCUCAGGCCAAGCAGCCGGGGAAGACUGUGCUCUACGACCUGGGCUUUGACAGCAGCGACGAGAGCUGCUGAGGAGCCGGCGGCUGGUGGGCGGUCCCCGGAAAGAGGAACUACCGCACCCCAGCUCACAGGGCAGAGGCUGCUGGGAAGGGGCAGGCCUGGCGUUCCGGUGCUGCCCACGCCGGGCACUGGGGACAAGGGCGCCCUUUCUUCCUGGAGUGAAGCCGGUGGGGGAGCUGGCGCUGUGUUGUGGGUGCAGGGGCGCUGGCUCCACGGGGACCCUGGGAGCAAAGGGCCUCUCCGGGCGGAGCUGAGGGAGCAGGACUUCAAACGCUUUUUUUUUUCUUCAAAAUAUUCUCUACACGUGACCACUCUCUCCCGGGGCCUCCAGAUUGUUUAUUUUCCCCAGCAUUGCUGCCGAGCGUUUGCGUUUUGGUGAGUGGACCGGCCAUGCUAGUCAGUCCCGGUGAACGGGGAGCGCUAGAGCUGCCGGCGACAGAGGUGGCACCAGACAGGUGCCCGAGCGCCGCUGCCCACGCCACGUGACUCCACUGUCCUCCGGCUGUGGCCCCACGGCCUGCCUUUCGAUGA